GGGUGACGUCAUGCGGUCGGUCCGGGCUGGGGCUGAGGAAGAAGAGCCGCUGGAAAAACAUGUAACGGUGCGAGGUACGCUGCACCUUCCCACCCACGGCAUCCCUAACUGAGAUUCAGUUCACCAAGAGAGACCAAGUAAGCUUCCACGGAGGAUAUUUCCACAGUUGCCCGCUGUUAUGUCGCUUUAUUAUCAUCUCAUAUAAGGUUUGGAAUUAACCGUUAGUUUAUGCUAAUCUGGAGCUAGCUAGCUUCCAGGAGCGCAUUCCAGCAGGGACUGAGGCUCUCUGGACAAGACGAGAUAACAUCAAUAUAGAAGUUCAAUCUAAAGCGAAACACUGGCAGUUAUCGUGUUAAAUCGAGUCAACCCGAUAAGGCUGAAAUAACUGCGUAGUAUGUUCUGGAAAAAGUAUAGUGUAGGUUUAAGUUGGUGGCUCCACAGAUGCAGUAGAAGUGAAAGGAGCCCAGCCCAGACACAAACAACACGACCUGUGUCACCGUCUGCAACAACAAUGACUUAUUGUACAUUCAUGACUGAUUUAGUUAAGGCGAGAGUGUGUGUAGGGGGCUCUAAACAAAGCGCAUGGUGGCUUGACAUGUUAGCAGGGACUGUGGAGACACAGGAGGAGAUUUGACAGCUCUGGGUGUGCUUGUUGUUUUGGUCUGGGAACACCGGCUGGGCGGAGGGAGCAGCUCUGAGGUAAUAUUACAGCAGGGCGGCGAACGGGGCUGCUCCUGUUACCUGCAGGUUACAUAAGAGGACACCUACUUGUAUUUUUAAUGCUGACAUUUACUUCAGAGCUAGAAAAUAAAGACUACUAGAGAAUCAAAACAUACUUGAUAUGGCGUAAAUCUGUCAGGAUACUCAACUUGGACUUUUAGCUCAAUUAAUCACAACUUCUAACCACAUGUCGAGUUGGCUUUAUUAGUUUCUCAACAAAUGCAUAGCCUGUCAUGUUUUGAUACACAAAGAUGAACUCUUAAUACAAAAGCUAUGUUGUGUUUUCAACAAAAGUUGUGUUUCCACUGCAUGAACUUUCAUGGGGACCAGGAACCUCAGGUGAAACGAGGGUUUAAGUUCUGGUUACUUCUUUCUGGAAACAUAAAAUACACAAGACUGACAAGUUGCUAGUGGGAGACAGAGGUUUCUUCCUUUAGACACAACUCCACUGGGGAUUCUUCCGAUUGUAAAGAAGUACAUCUGAAGUGAGUUCCUGGCACUAAAAUAUGAACUCAAAGUUUCAGGUACUUCAAUUUAAAAGGACUCAGCUGGAAUUAAAGUUAUUGGGGUUUUGUUUGGCAAAAGGAGUGACUUUGGCAAGUUGUUAGUAAGUCUUAAAGUUCUGGAUACUUUCUUUUAAAAUGAUAUGACUGAGACUUGAAGUUCCAGUAUCCUAGUUUGGGAAAGUUACUUGUGUUAUGAGAUGUUUGUGGGUCUUAAAAUUCCCUAUUCACCCCUUUAAAAGAGGUUGUUUGUAAAAGAUUUAAUAUGAAUAUUUUUCUUGGGGUUGGAAUGUGACUUCACGCUUCCAGUGACUAAAAGUUCCUGGUACUUUUUGGAAAGAAAUUCCUGGAACUAAAAGCUCCACAUACUUUGGUUUUGUAAGGAAUAUUCUGAGGACUGAUGGUUCCUGGGUUUGGUCUGAAAAGUUUUUUCCUUUUACAAGUUGACCUUAAAAGUUCCCGAUACUUCCUCUAAAGAAUUUGUUGCUUUGGAAAAACAGUUCCUCUGACCUAAUUGUUGACAUACUUAUGUAACACCAACAAUAUAGAAAACUGAGAUGACUCUUACUUAAACCAAUCAAAUUAAAAACUAAUGGUGUCUUUUAAAAUAUGUAGUUAAUAUUGUGCAGUGUAAUUUCCCUCAAAGAUUUCUGUUUUGUAACGUUGUGGGUCGAAAUGUGAGUUACCAGCCCUCUUGAAAGUAUCUAAGAUGUUUUUUUAAUCAAACAGCAGAUGGAAUAUUGUUUUAUUCAAAUGGCCCAAAAGUUAUGAAGGAUUGUGGAUUUUUUUCUAAACAGCAGUAAGUUUUGUUUGACAACCUUUGGGAGUUUUUUUCAGUCAUUUUAGGAUAUUUAUUUUUCAUGAAAACAGAUGGUUGUUUCUGUGACUCAAACAUAGAGGUGCUAGCAGCAAAAACGUGCACUUCAUGAUUAAUUGGUAAUUAAAGAAGACAUUUCAGGACAGGGAGGUGGAAUUUGCAUUAUUUUUAUUUUUUAUAUCAACUGAAAUUGAGGACAAAAAUAAACCAUGUGAAUACAGUUACUUCUUUGUUAAUGUACAACACUAUUUAUAUAUGCAGAGCAUGAAAUGUUGAAACCCAGACUUUACUGUGUGAAACAAAAUGUCUGUUUUGACCUACUUACACUGAGAGUGAAUCUUUUUUUUUUUUUAUGAAUAAACUAGCUGAGCUGUUUCCACCCUGACACCUACGAGACCUGCAGAAUAAAACACGGCUCAUCCAGAGCUGUGGUGGAAAAUCUGUCCACAUUUGUUUAUACAGUCGUAUAAAAUUGAGGGCAUUUGUUUUUAUGGCACCACAGUGAAACUGUACACACACUAGAAACGUCAGCAGACAUCAUAUUUGAUAGAUGGUUGAUAAUAAAAAACCCAUCAUGCUCUGAGUGUUAUGGGAUACAGUAGUGGUGUCCAUAGAUACUGUUGAGAUAACAGCUGCUGACAAGACCAUUGAGCUUGUUUUAUUAUUAUUUUAGAUUGGAUUACAUUAAUCUUUUCUGGAUUUGUUAAUUGGCCAAUAGAAGGAGAAUCAGCAGCUAUUAUGAUGAUUUAAUCCGUGGUUUGAUUAAAUUUUAUCAGCAUUUAUCUUUUAAAUCGUCGACGUAACGAGGCAUGAGACUGUACAGAUAACAGAUCAGUCCUUCCAUGAUCUCACAGACUGAUCCAGACUGCCUGAUUUUCCAGAGCAAAUCUGCUGGCAGGAAUGUGGAGGUGGGUGAGGUAGAAAAGGGUCUGGUUAUAGAGAGCUCAGUGGGCCAUGAUAAGGACUGUAAAGUGGUUUUGUUGUGGAGCCAGUGGCAGUUUUGGACACGGGGGUCAUAUGGUCAUGGGAGUGGGAGAGUUGUGGAUGUACCAGAGUUGUCGAAUCUGGAUGUGGUGAAUGUAUACCUCAGAGUCUCAGCAGCAGAAUGAGAAGGUGAUCGGCAUUAUCUUAAAGGGAUAUUCCAGCGUAAAAUUAAUUUAGGGUCAAACACACUGUAACACCGAGUUAGACACCCCUCAGGAGAUGAAUGUUGCCAACUGCUUGAUUCUCUAGUUAUACCAACUUUAGUAACAACCACAGAUAGCAAUACAGAGCGCCACGUACUCAACCAAAAUGCCACUCUAUAGCCACAAAUAAUGCUCAGAACAGCACCUAACUUCAUUAAUAGUACGGGUCCCAGCCACCAAAUGUCUUUUAAGCUUUGCCUAAAUUUUUUUAGCAAAGAGACUAAACACAACUCACCUACUCUCUUCCAGCAGCCGCUUGUUUGUAGUGAGACCUCGGGCGAGUACUUCGACUGCAGUGGAGUUUCGCAGCUCAAGGAAGAACAUUUAUGAUCAUUUCUUCAUGGAGAUGCAAUCAGACCAAGACGCUAAGGCAGAGGAACUACCGCAUCUGCAGUGCAAAAUAAUUAAUAUGAUGAUUAUUACUUCAAGGAAAUGAUAACGAAAUGAUCAUAAAUGUUCUUCCUCGAGCUGUGUCACCCAGCUGUAGUCUGUAAUGGACUGGCCCGAGGUCUCGCUACAAACAAGCGGCUGCUGGAAGAGAGUAGAUGAGUUGUGUUUAGUCUCUUUGCUAAAGAAAUCAGGCAAAAUUAAAAAGAUGUUUGGUGGCUAGUGCUAUGGCUGGGACCCUAUAUGUACUGUUGUUGAAGUUAGGUGCUGUUCUGAGCAUUAUUUGUGGCCAUAGAGUGGCAUUUUGGUUGAGGUUUGUGUAUGGCUCCUCAGACCGCUCUGUGUUGCUAUUGUUUGGUCGUUACUAAAGUUGGUAUAACUAGACAUGCAAGCGGUUAAUUUUUCGCCGGAAUAUCCCUUUAAUGGAACAUGAAUAAUAGAGGACCAAACACUGAACCCUGUGGGACACUGUGACACAAAGGAGCAGUGAAGGAGGUGCAGUCGUUGGUAUUGAUGGGUUUGUUUGUUGGAGAGUUGAUGGGGGAGCCGAUGGUGCUGAAAGCUGAAGUCGAUUUCACUAUGAUUUAGUCGAGAACACCUGUGAGGAAAAAACAACAACAGUUGAGGUUAGAUUUGCAAAAGAUGUGAUGCAAAUUUUUAAAUCCCGCUCUCUUCCACAAAUGGCUAUUAAGAUCUAAAUAAUGAAGCUGUUUCUGAAUAAUGGAACAGAUUCGGGUACGUUUUAGGUUUCCAAGAAUGAAACAGACAAAAAAAAAAAAAAACACUGACCCGUUUUUUGCCUCUGCAGCUCCUUUCUUUCACAUUGGGACUUAUGGAGUUGUGGGGAAGGCCUAGUCCCCCACCUUGAACUGGCCUACAGUUCUCUGCUACUUAUGGACAAACCAGGAGCCAUGAGCACAUCAGGCAAGGUCAGUGGGCUCAAACCACCCACAAAGAUAGCUCGGCCAGCUGGAGUACCGGGAAAGACGUCUCCAUCCUCUGGUAAGAAAAUGUCCAUAAUUUUUUCAGAUCUGCAUCAUCUCAACAUGCAGGUCGCCAAUGAUUCUGGAGAGGAAUAUUCUGAAGAAGUGAAGUGCAUUAAACAUGAAAAUGAGUCCAGAGAGAGAGCUAUAUAAUCAAAACAUGAUGCAAAGCAGGGCGGUAAUGAUGCUGUUAGCACUGAGUCAGACCGUUGUAAACGCAGCGAGUCCAGAGUCUGAUAAGACUCUGUUUUAUCAGCUGGCAAAUGUUGACGCAAAUGUUGUGUCAGAUGAAGAUCCCGUCCUCUCAUUCUCUCAUGACAAAGAUAAUUUUCCUCCUGCUGUUUAAAGAUCAAAUAUAAACAAGUUUUCAUGAUGUUCUGAUCCAGGUACCCAGAAACCGGUCCCUCCUGAGAAAUCCCCUGGUGGUGUCACUUCCCCAACUCAAGAGGACUUCCAGAUCGGAGAGCGGGUCUGGGUCAAUGGCAACAAGCCCGGAUAUGUGCAGUUCAUCGGAGGGACCCAGUUUGCUCCUGGGCAGUGGGCCGGGAUCGUCCUCGAUGAGCCUAUUGGGAAGAACGAUGGCUCUGUGGCGGGGGUCCGGUACUUCCAGUGUGAGGAUGGGAGGGGGAUUUUCACGCGGCCCUCAAAGCUCUCCAAGACGGCUGUGCCAGAGAAGGAGGCGAACGGAGGCCAGGCCAGUCCAGCACCUGGAACUGCUGCACCUGCAACUGCCGCACCUGCAACCGCUGUACCUGCAACUGCUGCACCUGCAACCGCUGCACCUGCAACUGCUGCACCUGCAACCAGCGAGUGUGCACCUGCAGGGACUACCUCAGCUGGUAAACGUGAAUCCAUGAAUCCACGCAAGGUUUUCAAAUCUCAGAUAUCUUCUUUUUAAACUCGGGGAUAAAUGUUUUUCUCUGUUCAGCUCAGGGCAGCGGCAUCAAGACAGCACUUCAGCGAAUGCACAUGGCGUCCACGGAGUCAAACAUCACCGAUACAGAAUCCACAAAGAAGGGCAAGAGGGAGCUGAGGCUGGGAGACCGCGUGCUGGUGAGAAGUCUGUGUUUAAACCUGCUGUAAUUUUCUGUUUGUCUUCAUAUUUAAACAAUAAAUGUGUCUGCGUCAAAACUAGGACCAGAUUUUUGCCAUAUCCUCCACUUAUGGGGAAUUUGCCCAGAGUUUUGAAGUGCAAAAAGUCCAGGGGGAAAAGAAAAACGCACAAAAACUGCACGACAAAAAAGCUCCAGAGUUCAGAGCUUGAGUCUGACCUAUUAGGUAACGGGUACUGCACCAGAACUGUGUCACUGUCAGGUUUCAUUUUGGCAUCAAGGACUGUGAGACUUAACUUGGUAUCAGUAUCAGUGUCAAAAUCUUAUGUUAACCCACAGCAGGGAGCUCAGGUCAGAUACAACAACCUAGGGCUGGGCGAUAAAACAAUAACGAUCUAUAUAGAAAAUUAAUUUCCCUCGAUAUCAAUAUAAAACAUGGUCAGUAUGCUUUUUGAUAGUCUGCAUUAAAAAGGAGAAAAGGGUGUUUUCUGGGAUUUAGCUUGGUUUAGAGCGAAAAGGUGUAUGGUGUGUGUCCCCGUUAAAAGACACGGAUACAGAUGUCCAGUUUAGUGGUGGAUUUAUUUGACUGUGGUUCGGCAGAUAAAGGUACUAAGCAACAAUCAGUACAGCUCACACCAUACAUAACACACAACUCUGAAUAUGAAGGACUGUAUUCAGCAGUCAAUCAUAUGAUAUAUGACUCAGUUAUUGUAGAUAAAUGAUCUCACACGAGGCUCACGGCAGCCACAGCAAGAAUUAGCUUGUUAACUGAACAUCGAGUAGCAUGAGAUAGCAUUAGCCAUAUUCACGGUAAACAAUACAUUAACACAAUAUAGCAUCCAACUUGGACAGUGAAACAUCACAAAACUCACUUCCUGGGAUAUGAAGGUGAAUAUUGGCUAAAAACGGGAAAGAGGAAAUUUACGAACUCUCCUCUGCUGCAUGAGGAGGAAAACUAAACUUUUGCAGCUGCAACAUCUCACACACAGAUGCAGUGCGUUCAGGUGCAUCGGAAGGUCUAUGGUGCGUUCAAAAAAUAUAUAUAUCAUGAUAAACUUUUUCCCAUAUCGCCCAGAUCUACAACUACCAUAUUCGAGGAGUAUAAAUGAGAUAUGACAGAACUCAUGAGAGUUACACUUGUGUUAAUUCAGGGUCUAACUCUUGAGUUAGCUCAUGUGAGCAGGAAACACCGUCAGCACCUCCCUCACAAAGUUUUUCCACUGUCUCUGUGACUUGCAGCUUUCCACUCUGACUAAUGAAAUUCAAAUUCAGUUGAUCUGUGAUGAGGUAAUUUGACCGGCACGUUUGCUGCUGUGUUUUGGGAAUGAAACAUCAUGCAGAUGUGAAUAAAUGCAGGCUUGGUCUGUCAGCUUGUCUUGAGACCUUCUUCCUCUGCUGCUGAGCGGACUGUUAUUUUCUCUCUGCCUCUAUACUGCCUCUACUUUUUUAUGUGCAUGCUGCAUGUUACAGAGGUGUUGCAUCAGUUUUUCAGAGCAAGGAAAGCCAAGGCAGAGAACACAUGACGGCACGUGUACAUCUCCAGCCUAAACAGUGGACAAAUUAUAAAUACAAUGCUCAAAAAUGGAUGUUGAAUUAAUUAAUUUGUAGGUUUUUAAAUGACUAAUAUUUUGCUGGUGCAUAUCUGGGCUUCUGCACUUAUCCUCCAGCCAGUUUCACGAGUCUUCAGUAUUUCAGAGUUUUUAAAAAGUUAUAAAUGUGUCUCAGGCUAAUGCCAAGAGUGAAAAGUUUAAUUACAAAAGCACAAAACAAAAGAGAGCCGGUCCCUUUGUGUGUGUUUGUGCAGGUUGGUGGUACAAAAGCAGGAGUGGUGCGGUUUCUGGGCGAGACAGACUUUGCGAAAGGCGAUUGGUGUGGAGUGGAACUGGAUGAACCACUGGGCAAGAAUGACGGCGCCGUGGCGGGGACCAGGUAAACACGUCCACUUCCAAAAAAAAAAAAAAAUUAUCAAAAGAGACUUCCUACAGCAGCUGAGGUUCAAACCCGUGCCUCUUGUGUUCCUCUCAGAUACUUCCAGUGUCUGCCCAGGUACGGUCUAUUUGCUCCGGUCCACAAGGUGACACGUAUCGGCUUCCCCUGCACAACACCCACUAAGGCCAAGAGCUCCAGGAGGAGGUCCGGUCUGAAGAGGAGUCCGAGCGCAUCCUCUAUGAGCUCGCUCAGCUCUGCCACCUCAUCCAUCAGCGGCAAACCGAGUCGAGCAGGACUGGUGAGACUUGAGUGACAUGCCAAACAUCACUGCUUUUGGAUAAACAUAUAUAUUUUUUCUCCUGUCAUCCUUUUAACUGCCUUUGUAUUUUGCUACCUCUUAUCAUCAAAUCAAAUAAUCAUCAAAUAAAACGUAAAACUAUCCACCUCUUUUGUUUUUGCAGCUGACAGAGACGUCUGCUCGGUACGCUCGGAAGAUCUCCGGCACCACGGCACUGCAGGAGGCCCUGAAGGAGAAGCAGCAGCACAUCGAGCAGCUGCUGGCGGAGAGAGACCUUGAGAGAUAUGAGGUGGCGAAGGCAACGAGUCAGGCGGGAGAGGUGCAGCAGGAGCUGGUGCUGCUGAGGAAAGGACGGGAUCAGGUCAGACACGUGGAUUUUACCUGUUCAAUCAGAAAAACAGACAAUGGAGAAAAAUGUGUUGAGGUCUAGUUUAAUGUCCUUUCACUCCUCAUUUACAGGUUUACUAAUCUAUCGGGGUCCUCUGUUUCUGCUAAUUUUAUGGUAUUUUUCUUUAACGACUUUUAGAUGACAGAAAAGCAAAACUCUGGAAUUGAAGUUGCACUCGGUCGGUUUUUUUGGGGGGGGCUCCUUGGGAGGAAAAACUGUUUCCUGCAGGACUUUUUCCACAAUGUGCAGUUUCUGUGCAGCUGUGCAGCUCUCUCUGAUACCAUCUGUUGUCUCCAUGGGGAGUUUGCAGCGCUGAUAGCGACAUGUACAGCAGUGCAGUACUUUGACUUGUUGUGAGAUUUGGUUUUUCCCACUUUCGCUGUUUUAAACCAGAGUAUCUUAAAACAAAAAAUAAUUCAAAUGAAGUUUAAGACUCAAAUCUUACAUAUCUAAGUGAGGUAAUCACAGCUCGUGAAUAAGCCUCUCCUGGUAUAAGCUUCUCUGAUAUAUUUACAAUUAUAUUCAAUUCAAUUUUCCCUGUUUUAAUCAGAAAUCCAUUUGAAAUGAUGAACAUCUCACAGGUUUCUCUGUUUAAACAGCAGUGUCCUUCCUCAGUACACUCAUUCAUAAGCUGUGGUAAAACAAGAAAUAAAAUUAAUAAUGCAUUACAUUUCAUUUUUUCUGUAAAUACACACAACAAGGUGGUGUGAUGUAAUGUUCCCUCCAUCUUUGUUUUUAAAUCCAGGCUAAAGACGCUUUUUUAUUUCCUGACUAUUCGGUCCAUUAAUCUUUUAAGCUGUUUUAUUUUUGUGUCUCUGUUUAGUGUCUCACUUUAGCAGCCUUUAAGUUGCUAUAGAAACACACUGUUUUUCCUGUCAAACUAUUAUUGAACAAGUAAUGAUGCAUUUCACGACAACUUAACCCCUUGGAGUCCCAGAAAUGUUCUAAUGUUUUGGUAAAUUGGCUGAAAUAUGUAGUUUAAGGCCUACGCUGUCAUCAAUAAGCAGAAAAAAGAUCUUAAUUUAGGUGAUUACAGCUUAUAAUUAUGAUUGUUAUUAUUAGUCGUCAUGUCCGGUGUUAUUCAUCAUUCUUUAUUUGUUGUGUGUUACAGUACGCGGUAGAGAUGGAGGCAAAGUUGGAUCAGCUUCGCUCACUGGUGGAGGCAGCAGACCGAGACAAAGUGGAGCUGCUGAACCAGCUGGAGGAGGAGAAGAGGUGGGUGAUCUGACUUCACCUGCACAUGAUGAUACUGUUUGAAGAUGUAAUUAUACUCAGAGGUAAGAGCAGAGAAAGAGGAGGAGGAGAAGAAAACGAAGAAGAAGAAUAAAGAAGAAGAAGAAGAGAAAAAAGAAGAAAGAAGAAGACGAAGAAGAAUGAACAAGAACGGAGAAGGACACGAAGGAGUUAAAAGAAGAAGAAAAAGAAGAAAGAGUAAAAAGAAGAAAAAAAAAACGAAGAAGAAAGAGUAAAAAGAAGAAGAAAAAGGAGAAGAGGUGAAAAGAAGAAGAAGAAAUAAAAUGAAGAAGAAGAAGUAAAAAGAAGAACAGAAAAGAAGAAGAAGAAAAAGAACAGGAAAAAGAAGAAGAAUAAUGUUGUAUUUUAGACAAAAACUUUUUAAAGAGUGAUAAAUCACCGUUUUUCACUAGUUUAUCCUGAUUUAUCGCAUCAUUAGUUGUAUCUACAUAGUUACAUUAUUUGCAUUGCAAAACAACUUUUAGGCCCAUAUGAUCACUCUUAAACGGUUCUUAAUAGUGUUUUGAUUUGGGAAACAAAUGGACGUAAUGAAAUGCGAUAUAUGAUCUUGAAUUUCAGACUCAUUAUUUAAACUAAUGCUGCACAGCUGCUGCAUCAUUAUCAGUCUGAAACUAUGAAAGGUCAGACACAGAGAGCUCACUCUGUCAAAUAUAAGGUUUUUAUAUUUGUGACGGUCUUUCAGAAGUUCUUCCACCACACACCAUCUUUGGUUGUAAAUGUGAGAGAGAAACUCUUCAUUCAAACUUCAUUCUCACUCUUUGAUAAAAUACUCUCAUGUGGAGGGAUCGUCCUGCAUCUUCUGUUAUCUGCUGACAAAUUAAAAAGUAUUUAAAGCUAGAUUUAGAGGAAAAAUAAAGAAUCAAACUAAAGGGUGAAAAGUUCAACACCAACACUUUUGCAAACUGAAAGUCCAGACCAGGAUUGUGAAAGUCCAUUUCUGGAGUUCAGUGUUUUUUCAGUUUUUUCCCAUAGCUGAAUGAGUCGAGUCUAACUCUCCAAACUUGAUCAUUGUCCCUCUUUGACAGGAAAGUGGAGGAUCUGCAGUUUCGUGUGGAAGAAGCGUGCAUCACCAAAGGAGACCUGGAGGUAACUCCGCUUAUAUAAUCGGCUCCUCAAUUAAACAUGUGCCCCCCCCAAAGCAGCUGUUUGUCUCCCACAUGUCUGGCCUGUUUCAAGUUUGAAUUAUUGACAAAUUAAAUGAACAGAUGAUGAAGUUCUGAUUAAAGUUAAAGCUGGGUCAGACCACAGGAGUUAUUGGAGGGUUUAUUAACUGUCCUGACAGUUUGUGGAAAAUCUGUUUUUGAGUUCUUAGACUGUGUAGAUAUCGGACUUUGAGUUAUCAGGUAGUUUUUAGGGGUCUCUGCGAUGAUUUCACGCAGGAUUAUUGAGGAUUUUUCUUCAUAUCUAGACUAAGACAGACAUCUGCAAAAGGCUUGAAGAAGUUAAAAGCCCUCCUGUAGUUUUUUCUCCUUCUCGUUUGGUACCUUUAAUUCAGGAGUUUGAGUUUUUAUUUUCAGACAGAAGAGAGUGAGAGCUGAAGUCAAAAUCAAAACCUGAGUCUGUGUGGAGGCACGUGAGCUAACCGCAGAGCUAAACUGGCGCCUCUGUCCUCCAGUAACUUCAUCUCCGAUGGCUUUAGGUCAUCUCAGCUGCCAGAAAAAUUUCACAUUUCUGGAUUAGCAGCUUGAGAUGGACCCUAAUGUUGGACCUGUGCGUCUCUGAGUUUGUAUUUGUGAGAUUUCAGGAAGUUUUGGGUGAAAUCAUGACAUUUAAGUUUAGUUUAAACACCUGUAGUCUGAGCCCGGCUUUGUUAAUGACCCCAAACACUUCUGUUGAGUUUUUGAUGAACACCUGAGUUUCUCCUUUGCUCUCUCUCUGCUAAAUCGGCUGCUCGCUCACUCGCUGUUCUGCUUCGAAUCUCCUCAAAGAAAUAAGAGCUGCUGAUUAAACCAAUCACCUCGUCACCGGGCUUUUCCUCUCCUGCACUCUUUGAAUCAUUCAUUUGCUCUCUUGCUCAGACGUCGCCUCUCUUCGUGCUCCUUUUAUUUAUUCAUUCAUCCCUAAUUCACUCACCCUCACUUUUUCAUUUUCCCAGCCAUCUGCAGCACUUACACCACUAUCCUCUUCUCUUCAUCAUUUGCGCUCCUCUCCUCUAAAGCUGUUUUUAUCUCUCUAACUCGCCUUCAGUCUUCUCACACACUUUCAUCUCCCUCUCUUGUCCUCAUCUUUGUCCCUCUUCAGAGGAAUCACAGCCUGAAUUACAGGCUUCCUCCAAGUCCCGGAUUACAAGCAAACAAGCGUCAUUAGAGGAGAAAUACACAUUUUUGAAGAGUCAGGAUGAGAUUACCGGAAUAAUUAACUCCCAAGUUCCUCAGAGAAAUCUUGUCCUUUGUUUAAAACCAGAUGAUAAAACAGAAACAGAGCUUUCUGACUGGCUGUCUUUCUGUUUCAAAUCUUCUUUCUGUUCGUGGCACAAAGCUGGCAUGUCAGUGUUGCAUUGGUGUUUGUUCUCCCUCUCUCUUCCUGCUCUCUCUUACUAACAGACGCAGACCAGGCUGGAGCAUGCCCACAUAAAGGAGCUCGAGCAGAGCCUGCUCUUUGAAAAGACCAAAGCUGAAAAACUCCAGAGGGAUUUAGAGGACACUAGGGUAAUGCCGGCAGUCCCAGUCCCCACAGCAGGACUGGGUUUAAUAAUGAUGCUCAGAGUGUACCCAAGGAACCGCAAACACAUAGUCCUCGAUUAGACCUGACAAAAAGAGGGACAUUAACAUCUCACAGGCUUUCCUGAUAAUUCAGGUCUAUCACUGAAAGUCCAGCAUGUCUGCAUGGCGCUUUUUGAAAAGAUGGACCUUUGCCUUCGCUUUGAAAAAAUCUCUGCUUUCAUUUUUCUUCAACAGAAAAUCCAACAAAAAGACCGAAACCAAGAACAUAUCUGUGCCUCCUCUCUCUCUGCAGUAUUCAGCCUCAAACUUACUGACCAAUCAGACAAGCGGUUCAUGUAUUCAUAUAUUUGCGUCCAUAACUAUACACUAUAAUGACAACAUGCUGCUUCUUGAGAGACUGUGGAGGCAAAUCUAAACUCAAAAUCAAACCAGCUUCAGGGAACAAGGAGAGUCGAUCAUACUCAAGUAAAAAAAAAACAAGUUUAAAAUGGCCAUUUUUAUUCUAUGAAAAAGGAUUAGGGCCACGAAAAGAGAAAAAAUAAUGACAGGAGGGAAAUUUUUUAAAUUUCCAUUUAGAGAUUAUGGUCAAAAUUUCGAGAUUAAAGUUGAAAUCCAAAAGUCGAAGUAUCAACUUUAUUUAUGUUGACUUGAAUCUCGAAAUUUUGACUUUAUCCACGACAUUUUGACUUUAUUCACGACAUCUCGACAUGUGUAAUCUCAAAAUUUCGACUUUAAUCUCAAAAUUUAAAUUUUUAAUCUUAACAUUUUGACUGAAAUCUCGAAAUUUCAAUUUAAAUCUUGAAAUUUCAACUUCAAUCUCCUUCCUGUAGUUAAUUUUUUUGCUCUUCAUGUGGCCCUUACCCUCUUUCGUAUUAUACACCUCACCCGCUGCAAACUACCAAAAAUGAUCCAAACGAAUAAAAGAUUUUAAAAGAUGAUUAAACUUACAAUUCUAUGUUUACCCUACCAAAAAUUUGACUUAAUUUUAAAUAUAUUAAACGAAACACUUACGAAAUUGUUUAUGAAUAAUAUAGCUUAUAAUAAAGUCAGUCUUGGGCUUGCAGCACAAAUUAAUAGACAGAAACCAAUGAUUAAAGAAAUGCAAACUGUAUUGACAUUUCAAACAAAACACUUUAUACAAACUCAAAGAAUACCAGAUAUAAUAAAACAAAGUUGUAAACGGCAAAUAAAGUAUUUCUAAAACACAGAAUUUAUAUCCAAAUAAUAAUUCUGAUUUAAGGCAUAUAAAAAACAGGGGUCCAUAAACUGCCCUUUUUUUUUUUUCAAUUAAAAAAUGAAAAUCUUAAAUCAAAUAACUGUUUAUUUUUCACUGUGAAUAAAAUAAAACAGCUAUCAUGUCCAUCCAAGGUAAAGGUUAAGGUUUUGGCCUACUACUAGCCAGGAAAUGGGGGGGCUCAGGCAUGAGGCUCGAGGUCGAGGGUGAGAGGCGAAGCCUUUGGAAGUCUUGUUGGGUAGCUCGCCAUCGUCCAUUGUUUUUCAUCCAGUAACAAAAAAGCCUGACCUGUUUAAAGGAACAGGUGAUCAGUCAGUAAAUAACAGUCCAGUCAUUAAAUUGUGUUUUUUUUCCUUUUCACAGUAGGUGUAUGUUGCUGCUCACCGCUCUCCAGCAGGUUCUCUCUCAGUGUAGCUGCAUUAGUUCAUCCACAUGUCCUAAAGAGUAUUGAAUGGGGUUUGAGGUAGAGUUAUGGAGAAGUGGGUUUGUAUUGACAUAACUGGUUGAAUUAUUAUAGUAUUUUUUAUUGACCAGGUCCGAGGGUGAGUUAAGAGUUUGCACGAUCCAAAUUUAAGUUUCCUCUUCACCAUUGAGGAGGAAGAUUGAGUGAGAUCUUUCUGCUCCUGCUGCUCAGUUGGUGUGUGUUCUUGAGGUGAUCAAUAAGGUGAUUUAGAACAGGUGAGGGGAGGGGAAGGUUGUAAUUUGACAGGUAGGGUAUCCAAUGGUUGCGGAGAGGUGGACAGAAAUGAUUCCUGGGUGAGACAUUUGAACCUGGGUAACAUUUAGGCCCAAUCCCAAACCGUCCCCUACACACUCGGCCUUCACUAUCGAGUGUCACUUGUAAUGAAGUUAUACUCAUAGCUGUGGAGUGCACUUCAAUUGAAAUGGGAGGGUAUAAACGAGACAGGCAGGUAUGGGACACCCUCCUCACUCCACCGGAAAACGGAAAGAUUCAUCACCAUAGCAACACAAAGACGCGUCCUGUGCAAGGCAGCGUUUCUUUUCUUAGUAAACAGACAUCAUGUACAGUUCUGAGCCACACCGGCUGCCUCGUUUCUUCAUCCUCCCAGUAAAAUCAUAAAUCCAGUAACCAUUACAGUGACAGGAGCUAAAUUUCUGUCAGCACAAAGUGCAAUUUCGGAGUUUCACUUGAUCUUUCCAAACCACGUCUUUUGUGAUUUUUUUUUUUGUCAGUAAGACAAAGGUGGACCCAUACAGAACUUGUAGUUUGAUGUUGUUUCCUCCUCCUCCCUUUUUGCCAGCGCACUACCUGCAAAUCCUGUCGUAAGUGUGCAUCCGGGCAGGCUUGCUAUUUGAGGGCUGAAUGGUCCACUUGCCGUCCUCACUCACUCUGUGGUUUGGAACGGCCUACAAUAUGGCGGAGCGUGUAUAGGUGGCGGUUUGGGAUUGGGCCUUAAUUUAACAAAAAAGGGUCUUUUUUUUAAUAAUAAAAAAAAAAUCUGCUUCCACGCUGCUCAUCUUUCCUGACAGUUUUUAUACAUGUCACCUGAUGCAAACUACAAAAAAAUGAUCCCAAUGAAUAAAAGAUUUUAAUGAUCACACUUACAAUUCCAUGUUUGCACUACAAAAAAUUUUACAGAAUGUAAAUAGAUUAAACGAAACAGCAGAAAUAUCUCUAAAAGGGACGUUAAAGGACUAUUUCAUUAAUCGCCUGACCAUGAAUGAUAAAAUGUGACUAACUUCUCAGUCAGGAAGAGUCAAACUGACGAGUGUUUUUGAUCUUUUUGACCCUCUUAUUAGAGUAUCUCAGUCCUCUGUUCAAAGUCAUUUCAAGAAACAGGAAGUUUUUAGGCAGAAACGCUGAUUCUUGGUUUGGGUCUUUUCAUGGUUUUUGUUGUGAAUAAGAAAAAUGUUCAACUCUGCCAUCUUUUAUUCUUUAACCUGAAAAUUAACAAUGAUGGGCCGAUCGGUAAUGAUUCAAAACUCUAAGAGUAAGACUUUGAUUCUCCAGAGUCUCACACAGAGGCUCUCUGGUCCCUCUACAAGUCCGUUCAGGUCAAAGUCUGCUGGGUUAUAAUGAUAAUAAAAUGGAUAUUAGGAUUUUUUUUUUGCCCACUGAUUUCUGUUUUAGUAGCAGAUUUAAUGAGCUUUUUAACUUUAUACACUUUCUUUUAAUGAAUUAAGAAUAAAGUCAUUUUGUAAGGUACAUUUCUUCAACAGAUUAUUGAAGUCAAGGGCCUUUUGUAAAUUUUACUUUAUUUUGAGGUAACUGUAGCCAAUAAUAACUUAAUUUUCCAGCAGCUUUAUUCCAUUUCUGAUGAAGUUGAAUCCUAUAAUUUUUAUUGCUGAACUACCGGGUUCGUCCCUCUCCUCUGUCAGCCCUCCGCCUCCUCUUUGCCUUCAUGCCCUCUCCACACGUUCUCCUGCAGGUGGCCACGGUGUCGGAGCGCUCCAGGAUCAUGGAGCUGGAGCGGGAGGUGGCCGACCUCCAGCUCAGGCUGCGCGCGUCCCAGCAGAAGGAAGACGCAGCGUCUCUGUCCCAGCAGCAGAUCAACAGCCUGAAGGCCCAGGCGCAGUCUCAGGAGAAGAAGGUUCGGGGAGGGAAACUCUCUUGUUUCUGUUUUGCAGCUGUGUGAUACUUUCUGCUCGUAAAAUUCAGUAUCUAUGAUCAUCGUCAUUGUUUAACUCCUGACUGAGUGAGAUGAGGUUUCCUUGUAGUUUCCUAACAAAUUUAUGUUCUUUUUUUAUGUUUAGUUAGUCAAAGCUUCCAGGCCAUGAAUGCAUAAUUUAUAGCUCUUCUCGGGUGUUUGUGUGUGAGCCGUACUUUCUAUACUGUGUGUCAACAGAUCAGCGAGCUGAGCGUGGAUGUGGAGAGCAAACAGAAAGAGCUUCAGUCUCUGCAGCAGGAUAAGAGCGAGCUGGAGCAGCAGCUGACAGACCUGGUGAGAAAAAAGGAAAAGGUUCAAACUAAAAGAGAGAAAAGAUCCGCAAAAAACAAACAAAAGAUAACCUCUAUAAACCGAGUUUGUGGUUCAAAUUAAUCAUCAUUUUCACUCAACCAAGCCGUCUGUGUUCAGUUUUAUCUUUGCUCCGUGUCUGUUUUCUUCAGUUUGGUUGAUGUCUCUUUCAUUAAUCUCCUUAUUCGCUGUCUCCUCCCCUUUUCUCCUUUCUUUCGUUGUUGUCUUGAAGUUUUGUUCCCUCUCAAUAGCUGUGUUUACAUGGGCACAAAUAAUCAGAGGAAAUACCCGAUCAGAAUAAAAAUGCAUCAUGUAAAGAUGUUGAUCAGAAGAUUCUGAUCCAAUUCAGCUCAACCGAAAAGAAAUUGUAUUCAGAUCAAGAGGGGUGGUUUAUGCCGAUCAUUAUUCCGAAAUGUGUCCAUUUCGGUGUGUCCACUUAUUCCGAUCGUGACUCUCUUACCUGACUCGAUCUUCACUCUUAAGCCUUUGGUUUAUUUGUUGAAGUCAGUUCAGGAGGUUUCAUUAUUAACACUCUGGCAUAAAACACAACCGCAGGUGUCGUGUCUGUUCCUCUGAUAACAUAGCAAGGCGUACAAACAGCGUAAUGAUGUCGCAUCUUCACGCACAUUGCAACCUUUGACAGGACAGUAAAAUAAGUGAGCAAGGGCGCCAUCUAGUUAAAACAUUUAACAGAGAGGAAAAUCCUGAAUUGAAUGAAGUGAGCUACUACUGCGAUUGCUGGUUUGUUGACAGCCCAGGUGUCAAUAUUACUCUUUUUCUGCAGUUGUUUUAGCGAAAUCAGACAACUCUUGCGCAUGUCCAAAUGCUUCCUCAUCUGAAAAAAACUUGGUGCAUGUAUAUACACAUCAUGAUCGGUUAAUUUGAUUUUGCACCAAUUUAAACAGUGGAUUCAGAUUAUCAGAUCCCUCAAAUUUUUAAUUGGAUUAAAAAAAUUUGCACUUGUAAAGGUGGCAAGUGACUUUUAAGUAUCCUCUGUGUUUUUGCCACAGUGUCAACAGGCAAAGCUGGACUUGUGAGAUCAGGUUGUUCAGUUAAUUUCCAUCACAAAUAUCACAAAAGUAUUCUCAAACUGAGAAACUUCAAACCAGAAAGACUUCAUAAAAGCUCUUUUCAUCGACAUGUGGAAAAACCUGCUGAUUGUUUUCGAUCAGAAAACCUCACAGAGUCAUUUCUGUUUUGGGUCGGUGAUGCCGUCAUGAUUUUCAGAGGACCUCAGGAGGCCUCAGACCCGGCUAAAUUGUCAGCAUAUUUGUGUAAUGAAGACCAUGUCUGAGAGCGCUGAGCUGUAGACCCCGCACAGAUUUACUCAGUCAUGUUAUUUUUACUGUAUUGCUCGUGGGCAUCCUGAGAGUGGCCUCAUUAACUGAGGCAUUUUAUCCACAAACCUCACAUGUUUUCAGAGUCUGGUCAUUAUUCUCCGACUUAGCUAAAGGUACAGGAAUGUUAGCAUGCGAGUGAUUAUCUCGUAGUCACGCCGAUGUUUCUUCAUUUCAGAGACAAAAGCUGGAGACGGCCGAGGAGGAGAGCAGGAGGACAGCGAAGACCAUGCAAGGUAAACUCUUCAGACGUGUCUUUGUCUGAUUGUUUCUCUGUUUUUAGUCCAGAUGGUUGGUGAAGUUGAUGUUUUUUUCCUGUCAGAAUUGGAGCAGAGUGAUGAGCAGUCCAAGAAAGAUUACCAAACCCUGAGAGAGGGGAGUCAGACCAGAGAGAAGGAGCUGAAACAGGUAAGUCCAAAUCACUGACACAUUACCGUCUGUAUGCAGAGGUACUUUUUUGUACCUUUAUAACCAUUUAUUCUUUCACUCCUCUUUAUUGAUCUGAUUUAUAAGUUUAAAAGUACAUUUUUUAUGUUAAGAUCUAAAGCGAGGAGAGGAAAUGAUAAAUAUUUCACGACAAAGAUGUCUUAAUGAUGAAAAUCCAAAACAUGAAGUCUGCACAGAGAUUUGGAAACGUCUUAUUCACAGCUGCAGUGGUUUUACAGCAUUAAACAAAUGUAAAGUAACAGAGAAGUAACUGUGACCUCCGAGGGUGACUACUGCGCUCCUGAAAUCGUAUCCAGAUGAAAGAGAAAGAAAAUAAAGAAACAAAAUGACAGUAAAGAACAUUUUAAAAUACUCAGAGAAAUUAUGAAAUUAAAAUGUUUGUCUUUCUGUGCCGGAUCAUUUUGAAAAGCAAUUAUGCCGUUGCACAGACUCAGCUAAUCUGAUAUUAAAGGGGAUUUUUUCCACAACGCUGAAGCUGAAACUUUUAGACGUAUUUCUGUUUUUUUCUGUCAUAAUAUCCAUCAAGAAUCUCUGCAUCUUCAAAGCUGCUGUACAGUUUUCUGUGUCACUGUGUUAUGAUAUAAGAAAGAUGAUGCAACUUGCUAAAACACAUCAGCGAUGCUGCGUCUUUUUCUCCGUGUUGUUCAGGCUGCAGAUUGACUUCAGUUUAGCGUUAUUCCAAUAAAGAAAGUCUGAAUUCAACACUACUAAAUCAAAAUGAUGAAAUUUAGAGUGUUUCUCGCCGUAUUUGGGGGGAUUUUGUGCCUUUUUAGAAAGGAUCAGACUGUGUAGAGAGCAGGAAAUGGGGAGAAAGAGUGAGGAGCUACAGAAUCCAACCCUGGCUGUCCGCUCGAGGCAUAACCCCUAUACAUGGGGCGCAUGCCUAGACCGCUAGUGUUGUAACACUGAAGCUUAAAGACCCGCCCCGAUUAAAAUGAUGUUUUUCUUGUCUACAUGUUCAUAUGUUCGUUUUUCUGAUGCUACAGGACAUAUCAUGAGAAAAACAAAGUGCGAAAUUGCAUUUCUGAGUAUUUCUACUCUCAAAUCGCUGUGAAUCCCUGACAGACCCAAACAGAAGGUUCAGACACAGCGAGAUUUCCUAUGUAAGAAAUUCAAGCUUCGCCCCUGGAGCCCCACUAUGCAGGUCAGACUCUGAAUAGCUCCCAUGUAACCUGCUUCUUCUACUACACCGGCAAUGUUAGGCUACAAGCUAACGUGAAGAGGAGUGUGCAGAGCAGUGCUGUCUCUGCUCACGACUCAGAGGUGAAUUGCUAAUGAGCUACUGGAGCAUUGUAAAAGAAAAGCCCUUGAAAAUGACACAGGUAAUGUAAAUUUGGAUAAAAACUUAAUAAUCACAAUUUAAAGACCACUGAGAACACUGUAAGUAGUGGGAAAAAAAACAACAGAGUGGGACUUUGAUUACUCAGGGAGUCCAGAGAUGAGCUUAAGUCACAUUUUACGCAUAUGUCUGUGCAGUUCACUCUGUAAUCGAGGCGUUUCCAUGUAGUCGUUAUAUGUUUUCAGAGCAUGAUGCUAAUGCAGCCCGCCUAAAAACACUGGUCUUAUGUUCUGUCUUAAACCCUUUAUUGUCGUUCUUAACGCUCUGAUGAAUCAGUCUGUUGGCAUUUUCUGAUUUUUGCUCAGAUAUCUCGGCCUGCCUUGAGCUGUCAGCACAUUUACACAGACAGAGUCACGUUUGUGUUUUCUUUGGGCGAAGGAUGGAAAUGUCACAGCAUUAUUCUCUAAAGUUUUUGUAAGGACUUUUAAGUGGGCUCCUCUUCUUCACUUCUCCUGCAGUAAUCCUCUCCUCUCUGUGUGCUUUCAUUCAGACUUAGUGCAGGCCGACCGUAUCCCCGGGCUGAAAUUUAAUGUUGUUAAAACAUUACUAACACACACAUGCACACGGCACGCUCGUCCUCAUUUGGGUUUUGAUGAGUCCACGCCUCAAUUUUCUAUUUUUAUUCCAGCUGUUGUCACUCAUUACAAUCAACCGUUGAACCGCAAUACUCGAUUUGCCUCCAAAACUGCAGAAAAGAUUCAACCAAAGAGUAAAUUCUCACUUUUGUCUUCACCAGGAUUGAGUCUUCUGCAGGUUUAGAGGGUUUGAUUGAUCCAUGCUGAACUGUUUAUUAAAAGGGUAUAUUAUUAUUAUUAUUAUUAUUAUUAUUAUUAUUAUUUUUAAGUUGUUUAAAUCUCUGACACGAGCUCGUCCAUCACAGUGCGGUUUAAGGAGGCUGAGCAGUCUCUCUCUCAAAAAUUAAAGGACCACAGAGGAGGAGUUUACAGCUCGCAGCCAUAACAGAGAGUUUUGGUCUCUCUCCUUUCUUCUCUUCAUCCAAAUAAGCUGAAGGCGGACUCAGUAAAGAGCUUUCUGUCUUUUUUUAGCCGGCAUCUUUACUGACCUCUGUCUGAUAUUGCUGGUAUUUGAAUGGAAAUGAUGAACGUCCCUUUGGGCUCCAGUCUUAAUCCUUUUUAAAGACUGAUGUCGGUGGUUUUAGCUUUUGGAUAUUGAAGUGUCUAAAUUCAGCUGAGAGAUGAUAAACAGAGAAAAAUUGUCCAUAAAAACAUCUAAAAAAGGGUAAACGUUGGAGUAAUCCUCGUCAGCUGCACACAAACAUUUCCAUAAAUGAUUUAUUGAUUUAUUUUAUAUAUUUCUGUUUUUGUCUGCUGCCGUCAGGUAGCUAAAAGGUUAUUUUCUUGCUUCACUUUUUCAAAAUUUUGUAAAUGUGGAGCUAAAAUGUGAUCAAAAUGUCUUCUAGGUUACUGAGAAGUCGGAGAGGAUGGCGCUGACGCUGGAGCAGCUGACCAAUGAGAAGAGGACGCUGGAGACGGAGGUGAGCAGAUUUCAAACAUAUGAAGUCGUAUUCAGCGACAACAGAAGACUGUAAAUACCCACAGUCCCUGAAGUCAACACAUGAUCACAACUGAGUUUUUUUAUAAAGUAUGGUUCGCCGCUGGAUCCCUGCUGUUGUUUUUCUUUUCUGUUUUUUUUACUCUUCCUCCUCCUCCUCCUCCUCUUUUCUGUUCACCCUCUUUCUUUUUCCCUCUUGUUGUUCUCUGUCACUUUCUCCUGUUCUCCUCUUUUGCCGUCUUUGUCAUCUUUCUCUUUUCGCCUUUCUUCUUCUUGUUUCUUCAUAUUCAGUCUCUGUCUUCUCUCUGUCCUUGACCUUCUUUUUCUUCCUCUUUUUCUCUCCUUGUUCUUGAUUUUCUGCAGCAACACUGUCAAAAAAAAAUCUCACCAAAUGUGUUGGUUAGUUUCCCUUCCACCCACACGCUCAGGUACUCAAGCAGACAAACUCCCCUUCCAUUAAUCUGAAGAUGCUGCUGUAAUAUGCAGAUGAUGUUUUUGCAUAACUCUGAGGCCUGGAGUCAAAUCACUCUUAUCAUUUAGACUGAACAAUCCCUCUUUAUCUUUUACUUUCAGGGUCUUUUCUGCUGAUAAUUUCACAAAAUAGGCAACUUUUCUCCAAUAUCCCUUAUUAAUGAGAACUCAGCUGGCUGUAACAGGAUCAUCCUCAGACUUCUGCAGAGCUGAGAUUGUAUCAGGAGAAUAAUAAAUGCAGAAUCAGACUUGGAUUUUAUUAAACUUUCAGUCUGUUUCAGCAGCUUUGUUUACACGUCUUGACUUUAUAAAGACAGAGACAAAAGAGGUUUUUUUUUUGGACCAAAAUAAGAGACUUGGCUCCUGAACUUCUCCUCAGCUUUUGAAGGAACAAGUUUGGAUGUUUGUAGCUUAAAUUAGCGCAGAAACUGAACUCUCUGCUCUCGUAUUUCUAGAUUUACAAACACUGAAAUGCAGAGUGUUGCUCCUGCUUUUGUGUGUGUGUGUGUGUGUUUCAUUGUGUUUCUGUGUAUGUGUGUAUGUGUGUGCUGACAGCACUGUGAAAAGGAUUCACACAUGCACGUACAGAAGUUCAGCACUCGUAGCCUGCAGGGUUUUUAUUAUGUAUUCACAUCAGGGUUCCCACGCUGACUGCAUGUGACUGUGCAAGUCGCAGUCAUUGCAUUUGAUCAUCCACGCAUGAGGGACUCUCUCUCUCUCUCUCCCUCUCUCCCUCUCUCUCUCUCGGCCCACAUGUCUCACCUCCAUCUGUAACUUGAUAUUUUCAUCAUUUCAUACUCGGCCCCUCUGACUGAGACCCACCUGCAGCCGUUCUCGGUGCCUUCUGCCUCGCCUACAGUCACCUCUCUGACUCCAACUCCAGCUCUGACUCGUCUCUCUCAUGACUUCUGGAGAAUGGAUCACAGAUUAGAGACAGGAAAUAGAGACUUGAACAUGACCGCUCCGUGGUGUUUUUAUUUUUAGUCAGUCUUUCCAUGUACAACAUUUCAGAGAGAGCGAUGCCUGAAUCCCUGAUAGGGCUGCAACUAAUGACCAUUUUAAUAGUCAACUCUCUGACUAUUGAAAUGAUUAGUCGACUAAUCGGAUAAUUAUUUUCUUCUUCUUAAAUUUAACAUGAGGUUGCUUUAAUAAAGUGACAAUGAUAAUAAACGCAAGAAUUGUGGGUACUUCAAUAAAAAAUGCAUUUUUUAUUGAACUUCGCUGCUGAUAGGCUGGUUCAUACAAAAAAGGGCUCUUCUUUGGAUUGUACGCAUGCAGAUAAUUUGAAAUACCUUUAUCAGGUAAAACGUUAAAGCUCUCUUUUAAAGCCAAAUACACUUAUGAAAUGUACAUUCAAGCCAUUACGUUUUGUCUGUGACGUUUCAGUCUGUUUGUUAUGAAGCUGAGAAGCUCUUACCGAGGCGACUUUAACCGUUUAUCCAACAUUCCGACGUGCCUUCUUCUCAAAUGUUCGUGCAUCACUGACGUGCUGCCAUCAUACGCAAGGUUUUUUCUUUUCGCCUUAUCUAGGCUAAAGAGCUCCCAAACUUUGGAGGUUUUUAAGCACUUAGUCGCAGCUGCUGUACCGGAUGCAGUAUUUUUUGGUAAGAUGGUAGGGAAAGGUCCCGCCCUCCUUUGCCUCUGAUUGGCUGGAGAAGCUGGGCUCCGAUUGGUUAUUCCUAAUGGCUGUGAAACGCAUAGACUGUAUAUACUAUGGACAACCUGGUUCCGCCCUCCGCCAGUAUAUGAAUUUGAAGCCAAAAAGCUCUCGGUAAUUCCAGGUUUUUUCCACUUCCUUGAAACCAGAGCUGCGCAGUAGCGAUGUGCGCAUUCGGCUUAAGCGUGUGAUGAUGUUUCACAGCCAAUCAGAGGCGAAGGAGGCGGGACCUUCCCCUACCAUCCUACACAAAAAAUAACGCAUGCAGGACGCCGGCGCUGCCAUGUUUGAAUACCCUACCGCUCAGCCGAGAGGCGUAGACAAUGGAAUUUAUUGCAGACUUUUUUCAUUAUCGAUUUUUGUUGACAACGUCGACUAAUCGUUGCAGCCCUAGUUCCUGAUGCUUGAUAUUCUGAGCAGUGUUUAUAUCUUAGUAUAACUCUUUCUAUGGUCAGUCUAGAGUGACCAGGUAACCGAAUAAGCAUGUCUUCUCACUGUCGGAGGAAACCAGAGUAUCAGAGUCAUAAUAAACUGAACAUUUACCUUGGUUAUGUUUGAUGAACGAGUAUUUUGGUGUCCCAGGUAGCCUCUUCACCAUCCCUUCCCACACUGGAUAGACUGGAGUCCUGCCCAAAGGGAAAACAGGUCAUACACUGACAGGUCGGCAGGAGGAAAAAAUACUUCACAGACUAUUUACUCAGACUUUAUUGUACUGCUUCGCUAAAAGCACAAACGUUUGUGAGAAAAAUCACAAUAUUAAGUGUUUCAUGAAUUUGGCUUGCUUUCAAGGCUGUGUGUUUACGCCUCAUCUGUGGAGGUGAGCUGAAGUUGAUCCCUCACAGGUGUUAACAGAGCUGUAAUGUGGAGAAGAUCGGGGUAAUGUUUAGAGCUGAAGCCAGCAGGGCAGGUCGGUGCUGUGUGUGUGUGUGUGUGUGUGUGUGUGUGUGUGUGUGUGUGUGUGUGUAUGUGUGUGUGUGUGCGUGUGCAUGUCUAAGUGUGUGUAUGAGGCGCUCCAGCUGUGUGUUUGUUUACAAGCUGAUGCAAAAUGGAAUUGAACACUGGGGUGCCUCGUUGCAGGGCUCAGCGUGUGCAAAGGUGUAAUGGUUUGUUCAGGCAUUGUUAAGAGGUUUUUACUGUUUGAUAACACGACAGGAGAGAGUUGGGAUGACAUCAGCAAAGGGUCGUGGCGUUAGGUCAGAACUGUGGGGCGCACUUAAACCGCUAAACUAACCGGCGCCCCACAGGGGACAUUUUUCUUCUUAAUACUUUAAACUCAUUAUCCUGAUUAUACUCACACUCACGUUACUCUUUCAUAACAGGACUGUAAGAGAAGAGAGGAUUUCAGCACUUAAAGAAAGUUUCAAACUCUUCCUCCAGAUCAUGUGAGACAGAUAUGAAGAGAGAGAGAGAGAGCGAGAGAAAGAGAGAGAGAGAGAGCAUGAGGUUUGUCUCAGUGGACAUGAACAGACAAACACACACGUUUGAGAACAUUUAUUUAUUUGUUACAUCUGCCUCUGGGCUUCACUCAGCCAUGUAGCUGUAGGUUGUGAUGUAAUCCUGCAUCCAGCACGUGUCUGCAUGUGUGUGUGUGUGCGUGCGUGUGUGUGUGAGAGAUGCUUGAGUGGACAGAGCAUUGCUCUAGUUAAUGAACGCUCGACUUGAGCGAACCCUUUUCUCUCUGUUCUGUUGGAUGUAAAAACUGAAUAUUCAGUUUUUCCUUCGAUCACAGUUUUGAUGAACAAUUUACAGUCGUAGUGUUUUUGCUUCAGUUUGUUUUUCUUUCGUUAUAAGUUGAGAGUCCUGAUGUUAUGCUGCAGGAUUGAUAUCUUCUUUGAUAUUUAAAAAACUUCGACUCGUCUGUUAAAAGAGUUGACCAAAUGUAGCUACAGUUAGACUAUAAAGAGGGCGGUAAAAGUGAGCACGCUAAAAACAGACAGGUUACACGUUAGUCAGGUAUUUUGUUCAUCUCACUGUGGUGAAGUUGUUUUAGAGCCUUAAAUCUGUUCGAUUUCUCUGAUAAAUGCAGAAGUGCUUCAAAACUGUGAAAAUAGUGUUGUUGUUUUUUGGGCGCCCCCUGUUGACCAAAUGAUACCGUCAUGUCUCUUUGUUAAUCACGUCUCCUCAAACUGUUUUCAUUUAGUCCUGUAAUUUACCACCAAUCAGAAAUCGCUUUGACUUCAAAAUAAAAGCACAGCUUUACAGUGUAGGGCCAAAGAUUGUAUACACAAUGCACGCCGUCUGCCUCCUUACUGGGUGAAGCCACUCUGAGAACAGCACCCUCUAGUGACGGGCUGCAGUAUAGGUCAUAAAUCCCGCCUCCGUCAGCAAAGCUUAUGAAGCUGUGGACAAACUUAAGAAAUCUAUUACACAAAAUAUAAAUUUUUCUCCCCCCUGGUUGCGAUGUUAACAUGUAGUUAUUGUAAGACUGGUUUGUGCUCAAGUCCUCUUUUUUCUGUACAGCUCCGUUUUUAAAAGUUAUUAGCGGUUCAUGUUUUCUAUUGACACUUGAUACAGCCUAUUGGCGUACAAGGAUUGCGUAGCUCACCCAGGGGAUACACUCUUUGAGCCAAGCGUCAUCACAGUGACUCUCGGUGACUCUCCCGUCAAAUUCGCACAAUACUACUGCACAAUAUUGGUUUCAGGAAAUGAAGAAAAAUCACAGAAAUACUGAGAGCUUUUCAGCUUUAAAUCCGUAUACUGAUGGGAGGCAGAACCAAGUUGUCUAUAGUAUAAUACAACUAAGACACGAGGCAGACCAAAUUUCAAAAAACAAGCAUGCCAGACAGUCGAUAAAUGAGCCAGUGAUUUAGAUUAAACAUCAUUAGAGAUGGAUUAUGACGUUAACUUAUAAGUUCAUCCUCUUUGUCAAAUUUAUGGAUUUCUAAUAUUUAUGAACACAUAUAUUGUGUUUUUCCACUCUUGUCUUGCAUUUUCUCAACUGUGUUGUUUUUAAAAUUAAAGUUGAAAAUAAAAAUCUGGAAGUUACCUUUUAUUGUUCCUUUAAUAUAUUAUGAGAUUCACAGUCUAUGACAAUAAAACCAUUGGUAAUUCUUCUGACUGAGGUUUUAUUGAUAAGCUGACUAAAUGCUCUUGUUCAUAAUUACUAGCAUUAAAAAAGAAAUUAUUUAUUUUGUCACUGAUGAUUUGGCUUCACUUCUCGUUUAGUAACUCAUACAGAGGAAUCAAUAUCAAUUUUAAUCUCAUUCAUAAUCAACUAAAAAGCUUUUCCUGACUGUUUCCUGAUUAUAAAAUUAACUCAGCCUGUUAUCGUCUGAUUAAUUAGCUAUAAAAACGACUUAUACUUUCAGGAUUCUGAUGCGGGUCAUUGUUUUCGUGUUUCACUGAAAUGUCAGGCUGAUGAAAUGCCAGAAAAAUGAAAACAUGAUUUUUUUAGGUUCUCGAAAUCAAAAGAGAAGUCUUGAAACUUAAAAAAAAUCAACAUAAAAUCAGCGAAUCCUGACUCUGUAGAAACCUCAACCUUUUGUGAUUCCACCGUUAAGAGAUGGAAGUCAAUUUUCUUCAUGAUAUCCUCAAUAAAAAAAUCAACUUAUAAGGAGGCUUUAACAGUGAUGCUGCAGAAAAUGAUCAACCGUGAAUGGUCGGUGGAUGUCUUCAGGUUUGUAAAGCGAAGCAGCUGCUGACUCUGACUCAUGUGUGAGGCUGUGAAUGAAAGGUGAACGCUUCAGAGCGGGAGUACAUAUGCUGUCAGAAAGUGAGGAAACAAGACUGUGAGCGGGGGGAGAGGAGGAGGGGGAGGAGCUUAUCCAAGCUUACAUAAUGGAAGUGCCCAGCUUCUUUAACCCGACUGUGAGAGAGGAGAGAGAGAGGAAGGGGGGGGAGGCUGCUCCGGAGACACACUCUCUCCAUUUCCCCUCUCGUGGCAUGCACGGCGGGGGAUCAGAGCUGAUGCUUUAUUGAUGCCCAGCUUGUGUUCGUCUGUGUUAUGCUGUAGAGAAGAGGGGAGAGCGGGCAUAGCAACAACGCUGCAGCUGUUUUAGCGGGUUGAACAUCAGCAGAGGUUAUCCGUGCAGAACAUGGACAUAGCUGCUCUGCAUCAGGGUUACUCCAGUAACAUCUACUCGCCUCGCUACCAGGUACGACUGUCUGCUUCUUUCUUUCCAGACUGAGAGGAGAAAACGGGUCAGUGCAGCAGGAGGAUUUUAGCGUCUCUGUGAGCAAGAAGAGCUGGUUUUAAUUAUCCCAGAAACGGAUUUCACGCUGCAGCCUGUCACCGUGUCCCAGCAUCUACCUGCUCUCAUUCUAGGUGUACUUGUGUGUUUAAAUGUGUGUGAAGGAGCAUGUUCUGCACACAAAGACUCACUUUGGUGGUUCGGAUGUGUAUAGAGGCUUACAAAAGACUCAAGUGCAAAGGCAUCCAAAAGAUGUCUUAUGCCACAUUUGACAGUGUGCAAACAGAAACACAGAGCAGGCGGCUUUUCUGAGAGUGUAAAUCUGAAGAUACGUUAUCAUUAUCAGUCUAGCUGGUGUAAAUACAUCAGAUUAGAUCUAGUGUGAUCACAGAGCUGCAGGAUUGUCCUCCAGGAUUUGUUUGUGUUUACACUCUGCACACUGCAUCUCACUUUUGAAGCACAGAUGAAUAUCGAAGCUCACGUGCAGAGCGAAACAUAGUCUUAGAAGUGAUUUUUUUCUCUGUGGUUUUCAUGCAGCUGUCUGUCACCAUUUGUAUCUGCUGCCAUUCUGCAUGUUUUACUUCUUUAUUUGUGAGAGUUGAUGUGUGCAGAGGAGAGUUUUCUGCACACCAGAUUUCACAUUAAUAUUGAGGUUCAUGUGCAUUUCAAAUGUUUUAGUCUGAAGCGUGUUUGCAUUGAUCUAAAAGUCGCCCUCGUUAAUUAAUCAUUGAUUGCUGCUGUUUUAAAGCUGCUGUGAUCACAUCAUCGCUGCACGUGUCCCACCAGCAGCUCUAGGAGGAUUUAUUCGUCUGUGUUAGGAGGAGAAGAUUUUAGACUUGAUGAGUUCCAACAAAAAGUUUUCAUGUAUUUUUAGUUUCACGUGGCACCGCCUCAGCUGUCUGCUGACUCAUCCCAUCAUCAAGGCAUGUGUAUUUUUAAGUCUUAACUGCAGCGUCUCGAUUAAUGACCCAGAAUUUCUCUCGUCUGGCUGCAGCUUUUCAGGCUUUUAACGAGACGUGGGAAGAGAAUGAUGUUCAAACUCUGCUCACGGUGUCCAAGAUGAUCUGAAUUAUUAAUGAUGGAGCUUGAAGAUAAUUAACGGGCAACUUUAGACAGUUUUUAAAAAAGGUGCAGAAAAGACGAGAGGAAGUAUGAGGGACCGAACUACAACAGAGGUCACCGGUGAUGGUGCGGUUCAUGACCGAAUGGAAGGUGUUUGCAUUCACUUUUAAUCCUUAUGGUCUGUAAUUAUUUAUAAGAAACAGUAAAACAAUAUCUUUUUAAAAUAGAGAAUCAGUGAUGAGGGUUUGUGGUCGUAGUUUGAUUCUGCAUGAUAAACAGAAAAAAAAAUAGACCAUUUGGCUCUUAGUCUUUGUGUAGUUUGAAGACAUGCACGAGACAAAUCAACAAAAAGUCAGGUUGACAACUCCUCAGGGACUGGGAAGUUGAGUUUCUCUAAAUCCACUGAUUUAAUCUAUUUAAACUAUUUAAUCUGAUUUAACCAGCCUGAGUAAAGUUUACCAGGACAAGUGAAGCCAAUUCUGACUUCAAAAAUACGAGUCUUCUACAUCGUUGACCGGCCUUCAGUCAGUUUCCACUAUUUUAAUGAAGUUCAUGUCUUUGAUUUAGUUUUAUUUACAGAUCUGUGGUGAUUUACACACUUUCAAAUAGUGCUUUGCUGACUUUUGUGUCUGCUUCAGUGACGUUUAAAUCAAGACUGACUGGUGUUGGUUUUGUACUGACUAUUAGUAGAUGAUGUGAUUGAUGUAUUUACUGAAGAAAUGAAAAACUUAAUAUCAAAAUUUAGACUUUAUAGUACAACAAACUUCAACAAAAGGUUUAGUUUUAAUGCCUUUUACAAAUAAAAAGUGAAACUUUCAACAACAUCAUAUUUAGGAGUUGAGAGUUAAUUAGUUUUACAGGGCGGGUAUAUCUUAGUCAUGUGAUAUCCAGCCAAUCAGACGGUGUUGUGGGCUGGACAUAAGGAGUUGAGGGCUAACAGCAUAGACAUUAUAUACGUAGACACCUCAUUAUGUGCUGGAGCAUAAUCCAGUGUCGCUGCCAUAUUGGAUGGGUCUCCUCACUACUGGCUUGCACAAGAGCCAAACGCAGUCAAUGAAGAAUGAGCAACUAUAACUGUAUUUGUGCAGUCUAUGGUUGAAAACACUGACACAAUAUUGAAACAAGAUCACGUAGGAUUGCGUUUUGACUAGUAAGAUUAAUUUUUUUGUUGUCCUUAUUUUUAAUGUGUGACAGCAUCCUGUGUUAUAGCUAGGCUAUGGCGGCAGCGGCAGCGCUGAUACUUGAGCUCCAAUAGGCAGCGUCAGUCUGUGAGGCAUCUACGCACAUAAUGUCUAUGGUAAACAGACCAAGAGGAAAGGAUGCACCAUUAGCAGGACCAAAGUUGCGCACUUUUUGAUUUAUUGAUUUUGUUUGUGAUUGAUAAAAAGCUGAUAUAUUUAAUCUGCCAUAAAUAUGACCAUAGUCAAUAACUGUUUUGAGGCCAUUGGAGGGUUUUGUAAAGUUAGAUGUGCCGCUCAGAAGCACUGUGGUGUUAUUUUCCAUCGCUGCUGCAGAAUGAAGCAAGAAGAAGCUGUGACAGCCUGACUACGGUGUGCCAAAAAGGACAAAACUGUACCUGAUUAAAAAAAAACAACAACAACAAAACAAUAAUAUCAGACCUUUUUCACACGUGGAUUAACACACUUACACCGACAACCCUGCCGUCAAUCAAUUAUAGUCGGCGUUUCGUCCCUGACUUCUUCUUUGUUUGAAAUUCAAAUUGAUUAAAGAAUAAAAACAAAACCAGAACUAUCAGCUGGUCCUUCUAUCAAACAUGAGAAUUAUGCUCCAGACGGUUUUCUGUCAGUGAUUCAUAAUGCUGUAAUUUACUGCAGGUAUUGACGUGAAGAUUACAUAAACCUCCUCAGGUUGUCUCUGCAGGACUAAAAUCACUCUGAAUAGAUGUUUUAGUUUCUGUCUGGAAACAUUCAAAUCUAUUCCUACUGCGAUGUUUGUUUUCUCGUGUUUAUAUAUCCUCUCUGACUGUCGUUCCUGUCCUGUAUCCUGCUUUCUCCUCUCUAGCUCGAGGCGUUGAAACAGCAGAACUCCAAAUACCAAGAGGAGCUGAGUCUGUCAAAGGAGCGCAGCAGCUCAGAAAACCAGCGGAUCGGCGUCCUCUGCAAGGAAAUGUGAGUACUCAGGAUAACUGAUGUGUUUUUUCCUGGCCUGCUUGUCCUCUAAAAGUGACCCCAGCCUGUGAGUUUAUUAGACUGGGGUGUUAAAUCUGUCCCUCAGGGCCUGUGCUGGUUAAUAGAAAGUGAGUCUCGCUUUAAUUUAGCACUCUGUGUCUUUAUUAAACGGCAUAAUCAGAGUAUAAAGGUGUAAAAAUAACACCUUAAUUGGUCUGAAUCAGAGAUAUACCGUGUGUUAUUAAGGUGGCUCUAGCGGUUGUUCUCCAGAGAGACGCCUCUGCUUGUAAAUAUGUUUUUAAACUGCUGUGCAAAGCUUAUAAUAAUGCAGAGGUGGCUAUUAUGUGAUUAUGUAUAUGACACAGUGGCGAACAAUGCACAACAGCUAUAAUAACAACAGAAGAGAGCCCUGAUGGUGUUACGGCAGCAUCUGUUUUUAUGAAAUACUACAGCGUGAGUCAUCACUGAGAGUACUCACAAUGUUUUUACGAGACGGAGUUUGAGAUCUGAAACUGUGAGUCCUGUUCUGAUCUCCAAACCUCCUCUGCUGUCUGCAUGUCAGAGCUGCACAGGGACGAGUCGACACUAACAGACUCGAAUACACAAGAAUGCAUAUGCAGGAAAUCACCAACUGUCACCCCAAUGAGUGUUUUUCUGCAAAGUUAGAAGCUGCAGUUUCACAACCGCAGUUCUGGGACUUCAUCUAUGGUUACCAGUAGUUAUAUCCAAUGCUCAAAGUGUGGUUAGGCACCAAAAAUGUGGUCCUUUGCUAGCAUCAAGUGGUGCCGUCACAAACAGCAAGGGUCCUAAAACUGCAGCCUCCAGGUCUGCAGAUGCACACUACUUCAGAAGCUGGUUUUGCAGGUUCAAUACAUGUCAGACUUUAAAAGUUAACAUCUGUAGCCCUUUAGCCCUUGUGCCUGACAACACAAAUUAUGGCCAGAAAAUUCAAAUUUUUUUGGAGCUGAAAUGUUUAUUUCACUUACUACUGAAAACCAAAAAAAUCAAAAUGUCCUUAAAAUUUAACAAAUACAUUAGUUUAUCUCAUUUGAUUUUAGAAGAUCUUUUGUACCAACAGCCAUCAGGCUUUGUAACUCUUAUGUAAAUAAUAGAUAACGUUUAUAGUCAUAUUACGUGAGACAACAGACAAUUGGGUUUCCCUUCAGGGAUCAAUAAAGUUCUUCUUAUUCUUAUUCUUAUUCUUACAUUAGAUGUUUUUGUAAACUGAUAAACUACAAGAGGACAUUUUUAUCAUUUAUUGGACUAUAUUCUGAUGUUUUUUUAUUAAUUUGUUGAUCAUAUUGAUUUGAUAGAAGUAUAUCAUAUAUACUUCUCAUAUAUAUUCUCAUAUAUAUUUUUGUAUCAAAUAUGAUACAAAAAGCAUUAAAGGGCUAGUUUCUGGAAACUUUUGAACCACCUGGAAUCACAUAUCUAUUAAAUAUUCAGAUUUUACCCGUGUUGAUUUUUUCCAAAGUAAAUAAUCUCAAAAAGCAAAUCUGGCAUUUUAGGUUCUUCUUCUUCUUUUUUUUUUUUUAACAGAUUUCUUUAUACGAUGUAGAAUUUAACAAAAGUCUUGAUUCUUGAGUCUGUUUUUCAUCUUCCCAUUAAAAACACAGAGACCAAACUAACACACCCCAAACUGACAGAAGAGCCGCCAACAAGUAAACACUGUAAGGUCAAAGAAUCAGAGUGUAAGUGGGAUAAGUGGCUAUAAAGUAAUUACAGAAUUACAAAUGUCAAAUCCUCUUAAUUCCUGUUACGUCACAUAAUUAAACCGAGAUUAAUUUGAAUUGUCUUGACUGCUUCUCUAUUCCAAAGCUGUUGGCUUCGACCUGUAUCUUUUAGAUUAAGUUAAAAUGUUCACUUAACAAAAGUUCAUAUCCUGAAUAUAGGAAGAUUUUUAAAAAGAAAUGUAUUAUCUUAGAAUGAUAAAUGCAGCAUCUUGAAAAAAGAUUUUCUAGAAAUUUGACAAUUGACGACAGGUAGCAAACUUAACAAGAUAAAAAACAAUCAAAGCCUUAAAACAACAACAAGAUCUCUCUUUUUCUUCUGAUCAGAGCCGAGUUUGUAAAACAUCAAGAUUAGAUUGUAAGACCUCUUGUAUCUGAGAAAUGGAGGCUUUACCCCGAAUUUCCACCGCAUCUGAAACGGCUCAGAUCCAGAUCAGUGGCGAUUUUCGCCAUCCACCAAUUCCUACCAAAUCCGUUUAUGAGGCAAAUUUCAUCAGACAUUUUGCGCAGAUUCACGUGCAAUUGUGCGAUAACGAGUUGUCUCUAUAAAGACAAACACCUAACCAUAUAAGCAGUAGAUUAUGUCCUUCCAGAGGAGGAAAUCUACCUUUAGACUUCUAGAAUCAGCAUCUCCUCAUCCAUGGUGUCAUUGGGGUGAAAUGACGUUUAAAAACCUUUCACUUGUUCGUCUCCGCCCGUUUGCGUGGUGUAAAAUAUGAUUCCCCUGAAACACAGUCUUUUAUUUUGAAAAGUAGCCAGAUGUUUUAUUUUGUGUCUGUGCCCGACUUCCUUUCCAUCACAGGUUAAUCUGUGCUGAAUUUAUCCAGCAUGCCCUGGCGUCCAGAAAAAAUAGAACUCUUGAGAUCAGCUGUGGAGUCCGGCGAUCUGCAGCUGAACGGAAAGAAGCUGGUGGAAAUUGACACAUUAACUUGAAUGGUUACGAUCAGCUACGAUCGGCGGAUACAGCCUUUUUGUAGUUGUAGAAAUUGGGGGUUAGAGAUGUAUUUUAUAACAUCAUCUGCAUAUAACUAUAUGAACCAGCAGAUAAGACGAGCAGGAGGAGAAGAUUCAAAACAGGAGUGGGCCUAAGACGGAACCUCGGGGUAUACCUCUCUGUUAAGAAUGAUCUGAUCUUCGUUGCUUACGUUUGUGCACAUAAGAAUUAAACCACAGCAAGGCAUGCUGGGCAAUGCCGACAAAACAUAGGCGAUGGUGGUCUACCAAAAUGGAGACUGCCUGAGGAUGUAAAUGUACGUGUCGGCUCAUCUGAUCUGUAACUGACGCCAUUGAGAGCUUUAAAGGUGUCUGUAAAAUACGUCUGAUGAGUAAAGUUUGAGUUUAUUAUAACAAGAUUAACAAAGUUUCAAUCAUGAGGACUCUUUACGAGUUUUAACAGCUGUUGUAACCACGACAACCGCUGCCACACAAUCACCCUCAACUGAAACACGUGGCUUUUAUUUACCGACAUGUAGAGAGGAGGCGGCUGCGACAUAAAGACAUAAGGACAUAAGGACAGCUCUGUGGUGGUGGUGGUGGUGUGUGCCUCAGCUCGCUCUGCCCGAGGGGAACAUGUGAGCGUGUUUCAUUUUUUAUCUGAAUCAUAACGAAGCGUUUAGAGCUGUAGGUUUAAAAAACAGACUGGAGCUUUGGUAGGAUCUUUAAGUAUCCCCUCUGUGGGGUCCUAAUUUCUCAAGUCCAUCCUGUGAACAAUUAAACUGUUUUAGAUUUGGGGUCUCUCAUUUUUUAACAGACUCUGAACCUCCAGCCUCACGUUUAAGUCUAUUUAUAAACUGUGUGUGUGUGUGCGUGUGUGUAUCACAUGUAGACCUAUGUGGUGUGAGUCUUUACAUCAUCCUGCCACACCUCCACUGACUCAUUGCAGCCCCCGACUGAUGAUGUCACAGCUGCAGAUGGAUCUAAUUGGCUGAAUCAUAAUCACCAAAAAGCAGCCUGCUGUCCUGACGGAGGGGAGCAGAUGGAGAGUGAAUAUUUUUAGUUUCAGUGAAUCAGGAGCAGCUUUUUCUUCUUUUUUUUCUGCGUUUCUGAUUGUUUCAUUGAAGAUUCAGAAAAACAAACAAACAGGAAUCAUGUCAAACACAUUUCUCGUCCCCGUGGAGGCUCGUCCUCCCUCGCUCUGCUGCUGGCAUUAUGUAAUCGCUCCGUCUCUCCUCCUAGGACCGCCUGGCUCCAACAUGGCUGAAACGCUCGCUAUGACAUCAGAGAGUGUGUAAGGAUGUGUGUGUCAAAGUGUUUUUUGUGCCUCUGUGUGUGUGUGUGUGUGUGUGUGUGUGUGUGUGUGUGUGUGUGUGUGUGUGUGUGUGUGUGUGUGUGUGUGUGUGUGUGUGUGUGUGAAUCAAUGUGGCUUUCUGUGUCAGCACAGAGAGCAGCUUUAAUCUGCUCAGAUCAGAUGUUCUGAUUGUUUCUGGUGCUGCUGGAGUUCAGAUCCUUGUCCGUUUGUCUGUCAGAGGAAACAGUUUUGAUGUCGAAAAGAUUUCUUUUCUUUAUUGACAUACUUUCAACGUUUUAAAUUUGAAAUGUCGACCUUAAUCUCGAAAUUUCGACUCACAUCUCCUUCCUGUAAUUAUUUGUUUUCUCUUCAUGUGGCCCUAAUCUUCUUUUGUACAAAAAUUACGAAUUUUGACAUUUUUAAACAUCCUAAAGGUGGAGUGUGCACAACUUUACAUUGUAAUACAAAACAAAAUAUACAACAAAAUAUACUAUUAUAUUAAUAUUUACAUCAUAUUAAUAACUCUUCACUGAACAGGCUAUUUCCCAUACCCACAUAAAGUUUGGUUUCAGGGUCUAGUUUGAAGAAAAAGAUCCUUAAAAGACAUUUAAAUGCCGAAAUAACCUUGUGCAGAGAAAUACAGACAAAUGAGUCAAACAGAUAUCAUCCAUAAUUUAAUAUCAUACAAAUAUCAAAAUUACGGGUCAUGACUUCAUUUACAAAUAUAUUUUGCCACAUUGAAGGAUGUUUUCAGGUGUAACCAGAAAGUGAUUUUAAAAUGGAUUUACUUAAAAAACAGUCAUAAUAUUACAAGAAAAAAGUCUGAUUAUGUUUAAUGACUUUAUUCUAGUGAUUUAUAAUAUAAUAUUAUCACUUCACUAAGGAUUUAUUUUUGUAUAAUGACCUUAUUUUCUGUUAUAAUUCCUUUUAUAUCUUGCCUGUAACUUCGUUGUUAUAAUUUAACCACUUUUAUCUCUUUUAACUGCAUUCUUGAAAUAUUAAGACUUUUAUUUGACUUAAUUCAUAAAUUACUUCGACUUAACAAUAAUUUUAUUCAUGUAAUAUGUCCUGAUAAUUUCGUUACUUCUCCACAAUUUAAAAAAAGGCUCUGAAAGUUUAAUGUUAAAUCUCAUUUUAUUAAAAAGGCAGUUCAAAGAACAGAGGCCAGAGAAAUGUGCUGAAAGAAAAAACUAACAAUCAUUAAAACAACUUUUUAAAAAAUAGGGUUAUGUUUUUUUCUGAGUGUGGCCCUCAGACUCCAUAGAAAACCACAGUGACCCUCGUUUGUUUCAUGUGUGUGGGAUCUGAGCGUUGUUCUUUCUGUUUCGGUUCAGUUUGCCGGAGUGUGAAAUUACAGUAAUAAACCGUAUUAAAUUUUUAGAUGAUGCAUGAAACAAUCUCAGAGGUAAAAUUGAGGAGCUGAGUCCCAGCUGCCUCUUACUCCUCCUCCCUCCUGUUCGGAUCCUCCUUUCGUCUGUUUCCGUUUCUCUGACUGGCACACGGGCAGAUUAUUCGACAGUCUCAUUUCUGGAGUCUCUUCACUAUAAACCGUAUUUUCUUUCUCCUCUGUAAAUGAGCCGUCUUCUCCGCAUGUUCGAGUGCAGUUGAUGCUACAGAGCCGAUGUAAUUAUACAGCAGGCGGUCGGAUAUUUCACCCAGCUGGUGCUCAGACUGGUUAUUAGUCACACAGGAAGCUCCAGAGCUCGCCUUUUGACACAAAGCCUAAGAAUGACCCACAUGGAGCUCAUUUCCAUUUCAGCUGCAAAUCAUCUUCAUUUUCAGCUUCCUAAAAUAUACAGAAUCAUAAAUACUCAGACGACAGUGUCUGUGCUGCUGCUGUCUUUAGGUUUACAGAAUCAGUUUCAUGGUAUCCUGACAGUAUUUCUGACUUUGUGCAUGGUGUCAUCAUAGUCUGUAGAGUGUUUAAUUCACAGUGGGAGUCACAGCUUUUAAAUCCUUUAAGAUGUUUAAGAGAGGACGGAGCAGCAGUCGACAUCAGCAGCAGAUGUGAUCAAACAGAUGGCUCUCCAAUCAUGAGAGGACGUCAGUGGGUUUAAUCAGUCUAAGUGCAGCAGAUACACUACAUUUACUGAUGGAGGGGGGCUAAACCAGCGAGGGAAACAGACUCUAGGCAUUUAAAAUAGUUAAAGAAAUGCAUUUAAACAAACUUAGUUUACUAUUUUUCUGGUUUGUUAAAGAGGUGGUGGAGACCAAAAACAGAGCUAAAAGAGGAAAUACUGGAUUAACAUCAGGUUAGUUUAAAACAUGCAUCGUGGAUCCUUAAAAAAUGGCAGAAAUAAAGAUUGUGGUCAAAUCUUUCAUUUAUUAUGUUUACUUGGAAACAACCGUCUUUAAAAAUGCAGCAAAGAUGGUCCAAAAAUGUCAACUUUCCUCUCAGAUAAUAAUUAAAACUAAAAUAAUACUUAUCUAAAGAUGUAGCUCUCACUUUUAAAAACAGAUUUACACAUUUUUUACAAUGGAAAAAUAAACAAUAAGAUUGAGACAGUCAUCAUAAUUCACAACAACAGGACAUCGAUACAAUCAGUAAACAAAAAUAACGUAAAACUCAGUUAAAAGCACUUAAACAUGGGUAAAACUCAAACCCACUAAAAGCACCUUUACAAAAAUUAGUUUUAAAAGAGGGUAAUAAACUUGUGCCAUUGUAUGCAAGUUGUUGUAGUGGCAAUUUAGCAGAAAAAAACCAAAAAGAUAGUUUUGUCCUACAUAAAAGAUUCCAGAGAGUGUCGUUUAAUGCUUGAUUCAUUCACCAAGUGAUUCAGGCAUCGGUGCAUGUGGUUCCUCCUUCGCUGACUGCUGGCCUGGCAAUGUUGUUUCUCACUUCAGCUCAACUGAAGUGAGAAACGAAUGAAUCACUCGAAGAAGUGAUUCGAAUCAGUAUGUCCACUUAAAAGAUUCAGUUCUUUUGAACGAAUCGUUCGGGAACACACAACACUAUAAAGCUCCUGUCAGGAACUUUCUGUUUGUGCAGACUUUGGCGCCCCCUGUGGACAAAGUGAUACACCUCGUCUACGGUUGAUCUUCCCCAUUAAAAUGCAUUUUUUCUGAUUGACAACUAAAGAACUAUAAUUUUUUUUUUAAGCUGAAUUCACUCAGAGCAGCAAAGACAUGUAAACAUCAAUCUGCUUUUAGAUGCAGCAUUGAUAAAAAAUGUAAAAACUUUAAUCACUGCAUCAUGUUUAAUGUGUUAGCUAACAUCAUUACUGUGGCUUUCACACCAUUCUUUAAAUACCAUUUCCCGCUCUUUGAAUGCAGGUGUAAACUGUUUUUUGUCAAAUGUGGCGUCUACAUAUGUUUUGUUUGACGAACAGAAAAGCACUUUUAAAUUAUUUAGAACUCACUAAAAGCACGAGUCCCCCUAAAUUUGGAAUAUAGAAAACAUCUUUAUUCACUCUGUUAGUGUUCAGGAUGUUAACCUGAGUCUUAAAACUGUUGUGGAUUAUUUUUUAAAGCACUGACUGAGCCCUUAAUUCAUCAGUUGUUCCUGCAGAUAAUGAAAAAGCGCUUUGAAGCAUUUCCCUGUUUGAGUCAUGUCUACUCAAAAAUGUAAAAGAAUAUUAAGGAGCUUAAAAACAAACCUUUGAUGUGUUUGUGUGUGUGCUGCCUCUUUCUUACAUAAUGCCAAGUGUUUUUCGGAUCAUACUGUCGCGGUUGCGUAAACUGAAAGCAGGUAACGCUCCGGUCAGUCAGCUCUCUUCUCAUGUUUGAUUAUAAACAUGUUAGUGAUGCUCCUGAGGAUGAUAUGGCACACAUGAUUGAAGGUCAAAUCCAUGAUGGUGACACAGGUCUCGCCGAGCUCUGACAGCUCUCCUCUCUUUCUCUCUUUCUCUCUUUCUCUCUUUGUCCUUCAGUGAGGAGCUGAAGCUGGCCUCCCAGAAGACUCAGCAUCUCGAGGAGGUACAAACCUUCCCUUAGUCAUAAAAAAAGAAAAAAGGAGUUAUUAUAUAAGCCGCUUUCUUCACCCUAAAAAGACCAGGAGAGUCAGGAGCGGAGUAAUUUGAUUAAUAGGUCUUGGCAUAGCGAGGAUUUACUUCCUGCUGUGAAUAAACUCUUGAAGCUCAGACGGGUUUAGCUUCUAUAUAAACACGUCUAUGUCUGUGUGUGUCCUCAGAACAAUGAGGAGAGGAACAGCCAACAGGCAGACAUGAAGACCAGGUAAGAAAACUGAAAACACGCUGAUUUUGAAAACAUCUUAUUUUAUCACGAAGAGAGAGAAAUGUUGAUUUGUUUGUAGAGCUUUAGCGCUUCAAGUUUGCAGCUUUUAUCUCUCUUUAAAUGAGCGAUGAGUUUCUACAUCUGCUCUCAGAGUUUGUUCGCUCUUAUUUUAAACCCCCCCCCGCCAUCAUCUCUCGUAAUCAGAGGAUCAAAACGUGUCAGUAUCUCAUUAGAGCAGCAGGCAAAGCUAAAAGUGAGUGUUUGACAGAGAGGGGAUGAUAGACGGUGAAGGCGAGGGACAGCCGAGGAUCAGAGUGGUGUUUGUGAUGUAAGAUAAGAGCAACAGCAGCACCAGCAGAGGUGGAGGAGCGAAGUGAGGAGCAGCUGUGGGAGCUCCGGGGAAAUGAGGAGAGAGGUGAUGAAGAGUUAGAGCAGGAGUGAAAGAUCUGAUCUGAUCUGAGCGAGGAGGUUGCUGCUGUCGGGAAAAUAUCAAUUAGACAUCUAGAUUUAGUUACCAGAGCUGAUCUGAGGUGAUUGAAUCUGAAGGCAGAUGUCAAACCCACAAUACGUCAUUAUUAAAGGGAUAUUCCGGUGUAUAAUAAAGUUAGGGUCAUACACACCGUAACACUGAGUUAGACACCCCCUCCAGAGAUGCAUGUUGCCGACCGCUUGCUUCUCAAGUUAUACUAACUUUAGUAACGCCCGCAAGAUAGCAAUACACAGCAGUCUGAGGAACCAUAAACAAACCUCAACCAAAAUGCCACUCUACAGCCACAAAUAAUGCUCAGAACAGCAGCUAACUUCAUCAACAGUACAUAUAGGGUCCCAGCCAUAGUACAAGCCACUAAACAUCUUUUUUAACUUUGCCUAAUUUCUUUAGCAAAGAGACUAAACACAUCUCACCUACUCUCUUCCAGCAGCUGCUUGUUUGUAGAGACCUCAGGCCAGUACAUUAUUGGUGAUUAUGAUCAUAAAUGUUCUUCCUUGAGCUGCGUCACCCCGCUGUAGUCUGUAAUGGACUGGCCUGAGGUCUCUACAAACAAGCAGCUGCUGGAAGAGAGUAGGUGAGUUGUGUUUAGUCUCUUUGAAAAAGAAAGAAGACAGCUAAAAAGAUGUUUGGUGGCUAGUACUAUGGCUGGGACCCUAUAUGUACUGUUGAUGAAGUUAGGGGCUUCUUCUGAGCAUUAUUUGUGGCUAUAGAGUGGCUUUUUAGUUGAGCGUGUGGCUCUCUGUAUUGCUAUAAUGUGGGUGUUACUAAAGUUGGUAUAAAUAGAGAAACAAACAGUUGGCAACUUUCAUCUCUCGAGGGAGUGUCUAACUUGGUGUUAUGGUGUGUUUGACCCUAAAUUAAUUUUACGCCAGAAUAUCCCUUCAAGUUUCUGAAUCCGUCUUUUUCACAGAGACAACAUACCAACAGAGGGAGACAUCAACUUCCAGAACUCCACUGGAGCCUUAAUUUCAGACAAAGACCGGGAGCUGGAAAUUCUGAGGAACGAGGUACCGACGUUUGAGCCUCAUGAAAAAGAAAAAUCACCCUAAAACUUUAUCUAGUGUUGUUCAUCGUUGUGUCCGCUCUGCAGAUCGCGGUGCUCAGAGGAGAAAACGCCAUGGCCAAGACGCUGCAGUCGGCCGUGGAGACGCUAGAGAAAGACAAAGCCCAGCUGCAGGGACGAGUCCAGAGUCUGGAGCAAAGGCUCAUGGGAACGCAGGGGUCAGAGGGAGGAGACAGGGAAGCUCCACCCACAGGUGAGGAGAUAAUAAUCAGAGUAAUUUUAAAAUGUUUAAGAGAGGACGGUCUGUCUUCAUGGGGAUCUGAUUCUUCCUCCUGUAGGUGAUUCUGCAGCUCUGGAGCAGCUCAAAGAGGAGAAAGAGUUUGCAGAAGGACAGGUGAGACCUUCUCUGGAUGUUUCCAGAAAUACGUUUUUAAUCUGGCUGUAAAAUCACUUCAUACUCACCGUUUAUUGUCUCCUUCUUCCCGAUCAGAUUAACUUCCUGAACAGCGUGAUCGUGGACCUGCAACGGAAGAACGAGGAGCUGAAGAUAAAACUGAAGAAGCUCGCUCUGUCUGAGUUUAACGGCAAUGACGGGACUGACGAGUAAGACACGAAGAAAUGACCAACCUAAAUUUGAUUUCUUUCGUUUUCUUUAAUUUAUAAUACAUCAGACAAACACACCAAACAAAGAAGCUUAGAAAACGUAUUGUUUUAGGAAGAAUAGACAUUAAUUUUAGGUUUUGAUGGCAUAGACAUUUUACAAAACGGGAAAAAGUCAAGAGUAUCUAAGAAGUAAAGACAGGAAGAGGUUCAGCACUUUGUGAGAGACGGAGUCUUUUAUGACAGGAUUCAGAAAACUGGAGACGCAAUCAGAAUUCUGCAUGCUUGUCUGGAUCUUGGAUCAUGUGAUUAUUUUCGCGACCUGAACUGCCGCUCUCUCUUUUUUCAUCCCCUCAGAUUUAUCGAAGGGAUGUCUAAGCGGGAAAAGAAGGCGACGCCUCGUCUCUUCUGCGAUAUCUGCGACUGCUUCGACCUCCACGACACCGAGGACUGUCCUACUCAGGCCCAGAGCCCCGACUCUGUCCCUCACACCACCUAUCACGGUAAACCAUCGGACGAGAGGCCCUACUGCGACAUCUGCGAGGCCUUCGGACACUCCACCGAGUCCUGUAACGACGAUCAGACCUUCUAGUAGCUCCAAAAACUCUCUUCUACCUUCCUCUUUUCUCGACUCACCUUUGACUCCCCCGCACAUGCCUGACCACACCCUGACAGAUUUUACCAUAUUGUAUUUUUAUACUGUAUUUAUGCAUAUCACUGUAGCCACUGUCCUAACCCGACUCUUGCCGCCCUUUUUUCUCUAAAUCUUCUGAAUGCUCGUCCAAAUACACUGCUUUGGUGCAAUAUCCAUGUUUUUAACGGAAGGAACCUUUCCUCUGCACUUGUUCGUUUUUUUACAUGUUGUUUUAAUUUGAUUUGAUUUCCAAAUUUCGUAGAAGUGAUGUUCACAGACUUUCUUUUUGGGGCUUUUGUUAUUUAAACGAUAAAAAAGUGACAGAAUUAUAAGCACAGAUGAAACCGAAGGGAAAACGAAGCACCACCAGGACUUGACAUUCCUGAUAUCUGCAGCACAUUCCUCCGAGAGCGAGACUGCCGGGACGAAGAGUUUACUGAUUUUAUUUACGUGUAGUCCUGUUUAUAAAAGUACCGCUAUAGACGGAGUAUCAAGGCCACCGUCAGAGGAGAAAAAGAAAAUCAAAGCUCUUCAAAUUUAUCAUAAAUGAAGAACAUUCACUGUUAUGAUAUUUAUAGAAAACUUUUCAUGAAAUUAGGAAAAGCAGGAAAAGAAAAGAGCGUCACUAAUCCACAAAACUCCACAAACACAUAUUUUUGAGAUUUCUAGCUCUAGUUUUCCAAAUUUAAUCAUAAAUAUUUACGUUUGUUUUCCUCAAAUAUUGGAACUUAUUUCAAAAUCUGAAAUAUUGUGACCUUUUCCAGGGUUACUGUAACAUUUAUAUUACCAGUGUUAAUCUCUCUGCUUAAAACACUUUAUCACAAAAUUUAUCACAAAUAUGUUGACUUUUAUCACUUUUUAGACAUUUAACAGCUUAAACCUUAAAAAUAUUCUAACUUUUUCCCAGAUUUCUUUUUUUAUUCUUCUUUUCCACCUCUGUCAGUGGCCCUGAUACUCUUUCAAUUUUUAGACAGUUUGAACCUCAGAUUUCUUGUGUCAGAACCGUGGCAUGAAGGGACUUUAUUCGACUUUUUAAGGUCAGUUCUUCCUGUUUGUAUCUUUUUUUUUAAUGAAGCAGCUUUACGGUUUUUGUUAUUUACAAAAAUUACUCAGAGGUCCAUGUAGCUGCAGCGAUGGAGCUUUGAAUUAUAACCACAUUACUGUCAUCAGCAGUUAGUUUUGUGGUUUUUGCUCAGUUUUCACUUUCUCAGAGCAUUUAAAAGUCUUUUCAGCUUUUUUGAGGUUUUAAAUUUUCUACAUUUUGCAUGAAACUUCAAUCAGAGGCUUCAGACCAGCAGCUACAUGGACUCGACUGUAAACAUGUUUUGCUGGCUGCUGUUUCCAACGCCAACGUUUUCUACAGUUUCCUUUUCUGCAAACCACAACACAGGUUUACAUCAUCAAACGCUGCCAGUUAAAGCACCUAAAGCAGGAUUUGUUGUAGUUCAGUAGGACUCUGUUUUGGUUUGUUAUUUAUUGUCUAAUCUUUCACUAACCAGUUCAUACAGGAAAAUAAGCUAGCACUAUUUAAAGGUGUACAGUCUGUACUAGGACUACUGUCGUGUAGGUGGGCUUCAUCUGAAAAAACAGAUGAAACUGUAGAAGCCUCAAACUAACUUAGUUUUGCACUGUCCACUUUAAAGAUCAGCUGAUAUGUACUGCGCUUUCACUUUAUGACUCGAAAGAUGAAGUUUAUCUAAAAAAAAAAAAGGUGGUAUCUAUAAUAGCGUACCGUCUCGUUUCAUACUGCGCUCUCUUAAAGCACAUAUUCAACAUUUCUGGAAAUACACUUGUUCGUUUGGCAGCAAAAAAAGAAGAGACAAAUGGUGCAACUUCCGUGUCUGUAUGCUACGAAUCUUCAGCGAGUUAGCUAGCAUAAAGUCUUUGAACCCAGGAAACAGCUAACAUGACGCUUUUAGCGCUAUAAUCCUGCACAACAGUGAAUCUUUACGUUCAGACGACACUUUAGCACUUAGAGAAUAAAACACGCAAUUAAAGUUUUGUCCACAGGGGGCGCCAAAGUUGACACAUACCCAAAGUUCCUAGUUGGAGCUUUAAUAUAAGUUAAACAAAUGCACAUCAUUGUUAUAUAAAGGGCUACUAUGCAACUUUUGUUGCCGUUUCUGUAGCAACAAGCUAGCUGUUUUAAGUUGAAGGUUAGCUUAACCAGUUGAUUUAAUUUCUUUGCUGCCUGUAAAGUAAUAACGGGACAAAUUUUAUUCAUUAAAAUAUGUUUAAAAGUCUUUAGAGCAACAACUUACAAAAUACCACUAUCUUGAUUAAAUUAUCAUCAACAGGAGUGCAUUGUGGGUAGUGUAGGUGCACAAUUCAGAAUAUGAGGUAAAGUAAAAAAGACAAAAUUUUGAAGUUAUUCAAAAAAUAUGCCACUAGCCUGUUAGCUUUAGCUUUAUCGUCCUCUGCACUAACAUAAAGCAAACAAGUGUAUUUCCUGAUGUUGUGAACUAUUCUUUUAACUGAACCACAUAUUGGACUUAUUAAGCACAAUGAUAAUGUAUCAUAUUGAAUCUCUAGUGUACCAGUGUAAAUAUAUAAACGCAGAUGUAACUAACCGCGGACACUCGUCUUUGUAAAUACCGAUCAGAGGCCUCCCUCUGGCUAACGUGUACACAGUGCCAUGGAAACUAAAAAAAGCUUUUAUGUGUACUACAUUUUAUUUUUCUGCCCUGUUGAUAAGAUUCACGUUGUAUCAGACGGUUUCCAGUUUAAAAAAAAAAAAAAAAAGAUUUGUAUCGACGUACUGUGUACUUUCUACGUGACACGUCUGAUUAUCCGUGUGAUGUUUUAUAUGGCACCAUCUAGACGUGGUUUUGAAAUGUUCAGACCAGUUUUACAGAUGUUGACGUGGUGUAAGAGUCACUGUUUUCUAUGUACUGUAUACUCCUGAACAGUCCAAUAGAAAUAUCAACUAAAGGAAAACCUACU